AUGGAGCAGUUCAAGGGCCAACCUCGCCUUCCGAAAUUCGCCGUCCCUAAAGGAUACGACAUACGCCUCAAACCGGACCUCACCGCUUGCAACUUCGGCGGCUCCGUCGCCGUCGAUCUCGAUAUCGUCGCCGAUACCCGAUUCAUCGUCCUCAACGCCGCCAAGCUCUCUGUUAACGCCGGUGCUGUGUCUUUCACUCACCAGGACUCUUCCAAGGUUUUCAAGCCUUCAAAAGUUGAGAUAUUCGAAGAAGAUGGGAUUUUGGUUUUGGAGUUUGGGGAGACACUUCCAUUUGGGCUGGGAGUUUUGGCUAUUUCUUUUGAAGGAAUCUUGAAUGACAGCAUGAAGGGGUUUUAUAGAAGUACAUAUGAGCAUAAUGCUGAGAAGAAAAAUAUGGCAGUUACACAGUUUGAACCGGUUGACGCCAGGCGGUGCUUUCCAUGUUGGGAUGAACCUGCUUGGAAGGCUACAUUCAAGAUUACAUUGGCUGAUGUUCCGUCUGAAUUAGUAACUCUUUCCAACAUGCCGGUUGUAGAAGAAAAAGUGGAUGGACAUCUGAAGACAGUUUCAUAUCUGGAGUCACCCAUUAUGUCUACAUAUUUGGUGGCCAUUGUUGUUGGAUUGUUUGAUUAUGUUGAAGAUCAUACAUCUGAUGGGGUCAAAGUGCGGGUAUAUUGCCAAGUUGGUAAGGCAAACCAAGGGAAAUUUGCAUUGAGCGUUGCUGUCAGGACACUUGAAUUGUACAAAGAAUACUUUGCUGUGCCCUACUCUUUGCCCAAAUUGGAUAUGGUUGCAAUCCCUGAUUUUUCUGCUGAGGCCAUGGAGAAUUAUGGUUUAGUUACGUACCGUGAUGCAGCUUUGCUCUUUGAUGAGCAGCAUUCUGCAGCUUCCAACAAGCAAAAUGUAAUAUGCAAAUCCUGA